CCUCCCCGACGGGGGCGGGACCCUAGGGGAAGGAAGAGAGCUGAUCCACCCCAAAAGCCCAGACACUGAAACAAGAUGGCAGGAACCAGUCUAGGAGCCCGCUUCUACAGGCAGAUAAAGAGACACCCUGGGCUCAUCCCGAUGAUUGGCUUCAUCUGCUUGGGCAUGGGCAGUGCUGGAUUCUACUUGCUGCGGUUGGCCCUUCGCAGCCCCGAUGUCUGCUGGGACAGAAAGAACCCAGAGCCCUGGAACCGCAUGAGCCCCAAUGACCAGUACAAGUUCCUCGCUGUUUCCACCGACUACAAGAAGCUGAAGAAGGACCGGCCCGACUUCUAAGCCAGCGCCCAAAGGUUCCCUACAGAUCACUCUUCCCUGCCGCAGACCCUGGGGCGCCAGGCUAGCAACACAGUCCAGCCUCUGCUUACACAGGCUGGAUUCCCACGAAGAGGGGAGGCGGCUCCACCCCCACCCUCCUCCCUUGCUCCCAGUACAGGAAGAGCUUCUGACCCUCAGCUUAAAUCCCACGUGGGGGAGGGGAGUCAAACUGUAAGCAACAGUGGGGAUUGACCAAAAAGGCUAGGCCAACUCCCCUCUCCUCCCCUCCCCGCCCCCAAAGCCUGGGCUGGGCGUGGCACGGGCUACGUGUUGAGCGUGUCUGACGUGUGCCAGCAGCAAGCAGGGGCCUGAGUGCCAAGGGACGUGGGGCCUGUCGCUGCCACGGUUACUGCAAGUUUUGAACAAGGUCUACGGGGCGGUGGCUGCCUGGGCUCAUCCUGGCUACCAGCCUGCCCAGAAUGGGGUCCCUCUACCACGCAGAGCACCUCUUUCCUGUCCAAGCCUGCUGCCUCCCAUCAAUGACACCCCCUCCCACCUUGCACCUGGGCCUUCCUCACCCCUCCCUUCCCUUGCUCCUCUGUCCCUGGGGAUCAAACAGAGGCAGCCGUGGGCAAAAUACAAUUUCAUUUAACAAAUUGAAUUUGCUGCGCCUGCUAAUCACGCCUGGUGUCGACUCUGAUCAGAGACAGAGAAGAGGAGGCUACAGCCCCGGGGGUCCUUGUGGUAGUGGGAGGGAAGGAGAAAUACAUGUUGAGGGAGUCCAAUCGCUGGCUGGCCCAGGGGAGCCCUCCUACACUAAUAGCAACCCUGGGCAGCUUAGCAUUUUAUUAGAUAAAAACAGGAAGGAGGACGUUUGCCCACUCCUUUCUCUGGCUCAGCACACAACUCCCCCUCCCCUUCGGGAGGGGGUCUGCAACACUGAGAUCUGGCAGAGGGUCGGUCGGUGGGGGCAGAGAGCUGAGGGUAAGUUUGGGUGUGGUGGUACAUAGCUAUGACCCCAGCACUUGGGAAGUGGAGGUAGGAGGACUAGUUCCAGGCCAGCCUCAGCUAAGUGAGAGCCCAUCUCAAAAACGAGCUGGAUGUAUGUUGGGUGUUUCUUGUAGAUAUGGUUACAAAACAGAAAUCUCAGCUACAAAUUCUGGAAGGGAGUUUAUGCCUGGCUCUUCUCCUAAAUGGAAGGCCAUCCUCCUUCCACUAAAACCCAGAAA